UUCCGGGUUCCGGCUCGCUCCAAGGAUGGUUCUAAGGCGGCUGCUAGCGGUCUUGCUCCACAGCCCGCAGCUGGUGGAGCGCCUGUCCGAGUCGCGGCCUAUUCGGCGUGCGGCGCAGCUCACCGCCUUUGCGCUGCUGCAGGCCCAGCUGCGCGGCCAGGACGCGGCCCGGCGUCUGCGAGGCCUCGCGGCUAGGCCCGCGGGUUCCCUGGGCCGCCGCGCUGCCCGCUUCAGAGACACCUUCACCGAGGAGCUACGCCGCAGCCUCCGGGAACGCCCGGGACCGCCACCAGGUAGCCAGAGGGGCCCGGGCGCAAACCACUAAACCUGGGUUGGGCCGGGCCGAGAUCGUCUGCUUUCCUUUCGGGGCUGGACACGGGCCUCGGCGCUAAGGAGUCAUCCCGGGCACUGCGCACGGCUUCGAAUCCUGACUCAUGUCGGCCUACAGAGGUCAACUCAUCGGAGAGCCCAGGCCAAACGGACAUCCCCGGUGCAGCCCUAUGACCGGACAGGGCACAGUGUGUGAAAAAGCCCCCGAAGGCUCACAGAAAUGAAGAUAGGCUAGGCCUUGAUACACCUCGUACAGAGAGCCAUGGACCAUACCACAGCCCGAGAGUUUGCCUUCUGCGAAUGGGACUAAAACUCGUGGUCGAUGCUGCUGCCUCUGCACUGAUGUAGUAGGGCACUACCUCCGACAUCAUGGAUGGAAAGACAAACCAGCAGAUGCCAAAAUACUCUGAUUAAAUAUGCGAGCUGAGUAAUGGGUAUGAGUGUGGUACUUUUCUGGCAAGAUGGGGAUCCCUGGGGACUGUAGGCCUGGAGUAGUACUAGUUAACACAUUGAGUGCUCACUCUGUGUUGGAACUUGCUAAUUGGACUCUGUGUGGGUUAUCUCACUUAAUCCUUACAACCGCUUUCAUAAAGGGACGUGUAGGCCACUUCUUAAGUUGCCCAUGACUAAGUCCAUAAUCAGCUUUCUAUAACAUUUACCCUGACCUCCAGUGCCUGCCUCCCCACUCCCUACCAUCACCACUGGGUGUUAGGACUAGUGCCUACCAAGGAACAAGCUACCAGGAUUCCUGUUCACCAUUUUACUUUAUUUUUUUUAAUAUUUUCUUUUUUAUUUCUUUAUUGAUUUUUAGAGAGAGAUG